AUGGACUCCCCUUUGAAAGAUAUGACUGGAACGAUCGUAAACAAGCAAUAUAAACUCAUCAAGAAAUUAGGAGCGGGUGCUUUUGGAGAAAUUUAUUCUUCGUAAUCAAAUGGAUUAGAGUAUGCAAUCAAAAUAGAGAAAUCUGAUUCAAAACAUCCUUAAUUAGAAUUCGAAUCAAAACUAUAUCACUAUUUGAAUAAUCAUAAUGGAUAGGGAAUUCCUAAAUAUUAUGGUUAUUAUUAGCAAGAUGGUUAUAACUUUCUAGUUAUGGAAUUACUUGGCUAAUCCCUAGAAGAUAUCUUUUCCGAAAACAACCGCAUUUUUACUUUGUAAACAGUUUGUGUCUUGGGAAUUCAAAUGUUGGAAUGCAUAGAAUUCUUACAUAGCAAAUAAUUCAUUCACAGAGACAUUAAACCAGAUAACUUUUUAAUGGGAAAGGCCUAAAAAGAUAGAGUGUAUCUGGUUGAUUAUGGAUUAGCCAAGAGGUAUAUUUCAAAAGAUCUCCACAUUCCUUAUAAAGAUAACAAAGCAUUGACAGGUACAGCCAGAUAUGCCUCUAUCAAUACACAUCUCGGAAUAGAAUAAUCUAGAAGAGAUGAUCUAGAGGCUCUUGCCUAUGUUCUGAUGUAUUUUUUAAGAGGAUCCCUGCCAUGGUAAAAUCUAAGGGCAAAUAAUUAAAAAGAAAAAUACGAUAGAAUCAUGGAAAAGAAGUUAGCCACAUCAUCCGAAACUUUAUGUAAAAAUUACCCAUAAUAAUUAUUAUAAUUCGUUGAUUACACUAAGAAUUUAAAAUUCGAUGAGAAACCAGAUUAUUAAUUCAUUAAAAAUCUCUUCAUUUCAAUUAUGCAAGAAAAUGAAUUAAGAAUGGAAUAUAUAUAUGAUUGGGAUGAUGAAGAUACAUAAAGAGAUAAAAUCUAAAUUAGAAACGAUGAGAAGAACGAUUUACUAAAAACAAACAAAUAAAGUAGCAAUACUUAAUAAAGAGUGAAUAAAUAUUAAGAAAAUAAAAAUUUAAAUAGCAAUAGCAUUUAUAUGAGAAAUUGUAGCAAUAUUAAUAACAAAUACAGUAUUGGAAGGACGAAAACCAAUUCUAUUGGAUCAAUAAAUAAAGUAGUUGUUACUAAAACAAAAUAGAUUACUAACAAUACAAUUAAUAGUUUAACUAAUCAAAAUACUUUGCCAAAUAAUAAUAAUAAUAAUUAUAGUAAAUUACAUCAAAAUUUAGCAAAAUAAAUAAUAAAGAAGCAUUCUAGUUUACAUUACUAAUGA